CAACGACUGUAAACAUCACAUGACCACGACCAACUUACUGCGUUCUGUUUUUGUGCUUUGUACAGUAGUCUCGUCUCACUUGGUAACGCGUAAGGACGAAUAACUUUGUGAGGACUUGGUUACCGACUAAUCAUGACGACUGCCGCACUCAUCGUUGCUAUUGUAGCAGCGACAUGCAUGCUGCCAGGAGAAAGUGCUUUGUUGGGGUCAAAGACCUGCACCUAUGGGCCAAGCUACUGGUGUAAUUCACUUCCGAAUGCCAAGGAAUGUGGGGCUGUCAGGCAUUGCAUCCAGACAGUAUGGGAGAAGCAGGGUUUACCAGAGGAUAAUGAUGACAUUUGCACACUUUGCAAGAAUAUGGUGCAAGAGGCACGUGAUCAGCUCCUCAGCAAUGAAACACAGGAGGAAAUUCGUGAAGUUUUCGAAGGAUCUUGUGAACUCAUUCCCAUCAAGGUGAUAGCAAAGGAAUGCAUAGCAUUAGCUGAUGACUUCAUUCCUGAACUCAUUGAUACUCUAGCAUCCCAGAUGAACCCUCAGGUAGUCUGUGCAACGGCUGGUCUUUGCAAUUCUGUCAGAAUUGAUAUUUUGCUUCGUGAACAUCAGCUGAGUCAUCCAAAGGAAACCAAUUCUUUGGCAUCUUUGCCUCCUGCUGAGACUCCAGGACCCGGCGACUGUGAAUCUUGCAAAGAUUUUGUAUCACGUACAAUUCGCUUGGUUAAAACUCAUUCGCGUGCAGAGCUUUUGGACAGGCUUUUGGCAAUCUGUGGUCAGUUAGGUUCUCUCUCUGAUGGCUGUGCAGCAUUAGUUGAAGCCAAUUUCGAUGAUAUCUACCACUUCCUCACAGAGCAACUCACUCCUGAUGCUUUCUGCGACCUUGUUGAAAUGUGCGAGAAUAGAAUGCAUCAAAGUGGAACGUAUGUUCGACCUCCUUUGAAACACACAGGAGAUGAAGUAUGUGAUUUUUGUGAAGCAAUAGUCCGACACUGGCGUGAUGUCCUUACAGCUAACACCACUGAAGAAGAAUUUAAGCAGAUUUUGGACGGGUUGUGUCAUCAGACUGGGAAAUUUAGCAAGAACUGCCUAGCACUUGUGGAUGAAUAUUACUUGCCAGUAUACAACUUUCUCAUGUCUGAAAUUCAACCACAGGAAAUAUGUGAAGCUGUUGGAUUGUGUGGUUUUAAUUCCGUAUUUAAGAAGGAUUACCCUGUUUGGACACUACUUGAUAGUCAUCGUGAAGUUAUACCUCAGAUGGACCUCCUGCCAGCUGUUCGGGUUGACAGUGAAGGCCGUCACAUGACAGGCAUGGAUGAGGCUGCCAUAAAUGGUUACGCUGAUGAUGAUGAUGGUGAAGAGCUGCCUCGUGUAAAGCUUUCCAGAGGGGGCAUAAGUGUUGCCUCUGCUGGGAGUAGUGGUGUAAUAGGAGCUCCUCUUGGCAAGGGACAUGUUAGGGAUGAUAACAUGUGUGUAAUGUGUGAGUUUGCUGUUCAUUUCCUUCAGAACAUGCUGGAACAGAAGUCAACUAGGUCACAAAUUGAGCAGGCCGUGGAUCAACUCUGUGGCAUGUUGCCCCACACCGUUGCUGAAGAAUGUCAGGAUUAUGUUGAUGCAUAUGGUGACCAGGUUAUUGAACUUCUUGCACAGGAAAUGGACCCAAAACAGAUCUGCCCUAUGUUGCACCUAUGUCCCUCUGAGCAACAGCUUGAGGAAACUUCUGAUGCUCAUGUUGAGAAAGAGGACGUGACUUGUGUUAUGUGUGAAUAUGCCAUGACACAAUUAGAGGAUAUAUUGCAGGAUCAUAAAACUGAGGAUAACAUCCGUAAUGCGCUGGACACCUUGUGUAGUUAUCUGCCAAAAGCUGUGAGAGCUGAGUGCCAGGUAUUUGUGGACACCUACACUGAUCAGAUCAUUCACAUGCUUAUCAAUGACUUGUCUCCUGAUGAAGUGUGUGUCCAACUUGGUCUCUGCAAACCCAAGAAACCUUCAUUGCCACAACUAGAUAGUUCUCAUCAGUUGCCAAUUUCACGCAUGUUUUUGUCUCCACAGACACCAAAAACACAUGAUGGUUUUGAAACAACACAGUCGGCUGUCUGUGUUAUAUGCGAGUUUGCAAUGAUGCAACUAGAUGAUAUGCUCUCUGAAAAUGCAACUGAAGGUGAAAUUAUUGAAGUGGUUGACUAUGUCUGUGCCCAUUUACCUGGAACUCUUGCUGAUGACUGCAUUGGUUUCAUUGAGGAGUAUGGAGAUGCAAUUAUCAAGCUCUUGGUUCAUGAACUUAGUCCAAAGACUGUGUGCCAGCAGAUUAAUCUAUGUAAGGCACCAGGUUUUACAGGUAUUAGAGCUGUAGUAGAUGUGCAGUUGGAUAAAUGUCAGAUUUGCAAAGGUGUGGUCAGCUAUGUGGACGCAAGGUUGAGAGAAGGUGAUGUUACUGUUGAAAUAGACACCAUUUUGGAGGAAGUCUGUGAUGUUUUCCCAAAGGAUGUUGAUGAUGGGUGCCGAAGUAUUGUUGAAGUUUAUGGGCCUUAUUUGGUGAACCUUUUGGCCGAACUUGGAGAUCCAGAAAAGGUAUGCCAAGCCUUGAAAUUAUGUGCUUCCAAAGAUGGUAUGAAACUUUUGGGAGCUGAGAAGUGCACAUGGGGACCUUCUUACUGGUGUCAGUCUCAGCUUCAUGCUUCUGCUUGCAAGGCCACUAUUCACUGCAAGACAAAGAUCUGGAAGGGAACAGCCCCACUGAUUUAAAGGGAAUUUGGACAUCACUUUUACAUGCUAUUAGUGUUGUCUUGCAUUGUCAAUAAAAUUGUUGACAAUAGUAAUA